UCUCUCAUGGCUUCACUUCAUCUCUUUCCUCACCUUCACCAUUUCGAUUCAACCAUACAUCGCAGGGAUAUAGUAUCUCACACUCGGAGGCAAUUAUUCCCAUCUCCCAAAGCUUCGAUUAGUGGAGCAUCAGCGGCUGAAACCGCGAAACAACCUACUCGCAAAGGGAGGCAGAAGAAGAAGCAAACCUCGACGGUUACUCCCCAAGAGACGAACCCCGAUUCGGAUCCGGCCCUAGUGGAUUACGACGACGGGAUGGACUUUCCGUACGACGACCCUCCCCUCGUCUGCUGCUUCGGAGCCGUGCAGAAGGAGUUCGUUCCCGUGGUGCGGGUCCACGACAACCCGAUGCACCCCGACAUCUACUCGCAGUGGAAGAUGCUGCAGUGGGAUCCGCCGGAGUUCGGGCGGGCUCCGGGAGGUCCGCCGUCGAACGUGGCGAUCUCGCAUGUUCGGUUGGGAGGUAGGGCUGCGUUCAUGGGGAAAGUGGGCGGAGAUGAGUACGGGGAGGAGCUGGUUUUGAUGAUGAACAAGGAGAGGGUUCAGACGAGGGCUGUGAAGUUCGAUGAGGGUUCGAGUACUGCUUGCGCUCGCGUCAAGAUUAGGUUUGAGGAUGGGAAGAUGAAGGCCGAGACGGUGAUGGAGCCGCCCGAGGACUCGCUUGUUGCUUCGGAGCUGAACUUAGCCGUGCUGAAAGAGGCAAGGAUUUUUCAUUUUAAUUCAGAGGUGUUGACGUCACCUACAAUGCAAUCAACUCUGUUCAAGGCAAUACAAUGGUCCAAGAAGUUCGGAGGGCUUAUUUUCUUUGAUUUGAAUCUUCCGUUACCGUUAUGGAGAUCACGAAACGAGACUAGGAAGCUGAUCAAGAAAGCAUGGGAUGAAGCGAACAUCAUAGAAGUUUCGCAGCAAGAGCUUGAGUUUCUACUCGAUGAAGAGUACUACGAGAGGAGAAGGAACUACACGCCGCAGUACUUUGCUGAGGAUUUCGAGCAGACUAAGAACCGGAGAGACUAUUACCAUUACACACCUGAGGAAAUCAAGCCGUUGUGGCACGACGAUCUGAAGCUGUUGGUUGUGACUGAUGGAACACUUCGGCUACAUUACUAUACUCCUAAGUUUGAUGGUGUUGUGGUUGGGACGGAAGAUGUGCUCAUUACUCCUUUCACCUGCGAUAGGACGGGUUCUGGUGAUGCUGUUGUUGCAGGCAUUAUGAGGAAGCUAACGACGUGUCCUGAGAUGUUUGAGGACCAAGAUGUGUUGGAGCGACAGCUCCGGUUCGCAGUUGCUGCCGGGAUCAUAUCGCAGUGGACAAUUGGUGCGGUUAGAGGCUUCCCAACUGAAAGCGCGACACAGAAUUUGAAAGAGCAAGUUUAUGUUCCAUCAAUGUGGUAGUUAGAAAGACCAAGAACUGAUCUUCUUGUACUAAAUCUUUUUGAACAAUGUGAGAUGUAUACUGAUUUCAAAACUGUAAUCCAAUGUACAAUCUUUUUUUU